AAUAAUAUCCACACUUACACAGGGAAGUGUUCCUUUUUUAAUUUUGCAGCUUUCCGACAAGAAGCGUAUUGUUCUCAAUGAUUGGUGAGUGACGAGGUACUCCUUGAAAAAGUACGGUGUAUGAUAUUGCUUUCACCUUUGAAAACUACUUGUGAAUAAUCUUGCCUUUUUUGAAUUCAGUCUCGAUUUGUAAAAGCUAUGAUUGAAACCGUAAGUUCCACUUUGAAUCCAUCGGCAGAUAUUUUUGUUCCUGGCAAAAUUUCUAACUUAAAAGAUGUAAUGAACAGUGAUGAAAUGAAAAAUAUUUCUGCUCCUUUUUGGACAAUUUCUAAAACAAAGGGUAUUAAGAACUACACAGUAAAUCAAAUGAAAGAAAUUGCUAAGCAGCUGGUUAAAGAUUAUUUGGCUGAAAAGAGAAAUCGAGGAGAGAAAACAAUCACGAAGCAAGAAAUAAUUAAAAUCUUUGAAAGAGUGAUAUUAACUAGCAGUUGUAAAGUUAAUCCCAAGAUCAUACCCAUUGAGGAUCAUCUCUCAACGUUUCCCGAAGUGGGAAAAUUGAAGUACAUGGGAGUGGACAUCGAAGCAAUCAAUUAUUGUACAGGGAAAUCGUGUACUUUUGACUUGUCCGUCUUUAAACCACCGAAGCCUUCCAUAUUUCUUUCCUCCCUCUAUGGAUUGUAUCGCCACGAGCAAGCUACUCGACCACUGCUUUCGUUAACUUUGCCACCAAGAAAUUUAGAAGACAAUUUGUGGUCUGUAACUCCAAAAGAUCUAAGUUUAUGGAAUCCGAAUUGUGAUGAACCAUGUAGAUGUCCUCCCAUGUUUGGAUAUUGUAUGCCUCCGAGCGUUUUGGGCAAUCUUUUCAAUUUAGAUCAUAAUUGCUCAAAAGAAGGAAUACACUUCUGUCGAUAUCCUCCUUCUUCAAAUGGAAAUGAAAGCAUAUUAUUUGACACGAAGCCUGACUGUCCCGUAGAAAUGGAGCUACUCGAGGACUGUACCGAAAAUGAAAGCAAGGGAGAACUUAAUCUGGAGUCUUGUUUGGAACAGCUAAAAACUAUUGUUUCUGGUAUAUGCGAUUUGAUUUCAGCUGAAACUACAAAGAAGCCAGAGACUUCAUUUAUAGAUAUCGAUGAAGUAACUGAAGAUUAUAAGGUCAAGUUUUGGGACACUGAUCCAUCAAAAUUCGUACGUACAGAUGAAAUUCUGGAAGACGAUAACUGUCACCCUCUAUUAGAAAUGGACUAUCCUGAAGCAAACGAAGGAGUAACUGCAGAAAUAGAAGAAAUGAUCCGAAGAUGCUUUUCGCCCGACAGCAAGAGGAAUAGUGCUAAGCAGUCUGAAGUCGAUGAAGGAAUUAACACGAGUUUCUGCGAUCCUCCGUGUAGUGUCUGGUGUCACGACAGCCCGAAAAUCGAGAGACAGGAUUCUAUCUCAAGCAGUGUAAGUGCCAAUAUCGGCCUACUUACCGAUACAACAGAUUUUUUAUUGAACGCGUGUAAAGGGACAAUAACUCCAAAUGGAGAAACGGGCUUAGAGUCUCAUUUCCACAAGCGAAUUUUCAAGAGAUCUUUCUCCGCUAACGACUGUGAUCUUUCAUACGAAGAAAGGUACAAAAUAAAUUCUACAGUGCCACACUCAGCUACGUCUUCCAGGGAAGAUCUUGAAUUUUUGAGAAGGGAUCCCAUUAAUUUUUUUAAAAAUCUGCGAAAAGGCGACUCCUGGAAGGACAGUGACAGUGGUAUAGUUUCUCACUGGUCAUCUCAAGAGGAUAUCGACAUUUAUUCAGACAUGAGAGGAGAUGGAUCUUAUUUUGAACAUGAUCAUGCUCCUAUGUGGUCUCUCUUCAGUUCAGAAGACAGCCUUUGGAAACCUUUACCUGAAUGCUCCCAAGAUCAGCAUUCCAAACUUAUGCCCAAAAGAGUGCGUGAUCUACGACGUCAAAGAUCAAUGAACUGAACUGAAUUGUAUUUGACAAUGAAACUAGCAUUACCAGGCUACGGGUUCUCAUGUGAAUUUUGUACAGUGUCUUGUUACUGCUGUUUACCAUUUAAAGGUAAAGCAGUUUGUGGAAGUGCUGAAAGCGAAGCUAGCUGCUACGACCACUGACACUUACAGCUGUCCGUAUGAAAUACCAUAAAAAGUUAGAUCGGAGUCCUGUUGCUCUUAGCAGCGGAAAUUUUACUCGUGCAUUCGUUUACAGAGGAAGUUCAUUUGCGAUUCUUUUCAUGAUGCGGUGAUUAGACAAGCUUCAGUUACAAGUGAAGUGAUUUUAUCUUGUAAGUGUGGAAAUUACACAAGAUGAAUACAUUUCUUUCAAGAAGAUGGAAGAUUUUAGCAGUUUUUAGAAAUGGUUUUAAUUUUUAUGUACUGGACA